GGCUCCUACCGCGGUUUGUUUUGGAUGACACGACGAUAGUGCGUUUUUUUUGAUUCGUAGGAAGAAUGAAAGAACCCAGCUCAGCGGCAAGAUUGAUUAGGACGAUGAGACGGAACUGUUACGCCCUGGCACUGAAUAAGUAGAAAAUAGAACGGUUUUAUUGAGGAGAGUGGAAGAAGUACAACUAGUCAGCACCGCUACGGACACAAAUUUUUACGAUUAGCCGGAGUUCGUUGUAGGAACAAAAGCACUCUAGUUUGAAACGAAAUUUGUACUACUAGUAGAUGUUUAUUGAACGCGUCGUGUUUUUUAUUUCACGUAGAAGUAUAUGAUUUUUGUUACCCCGAAGAUCGCACGACCUAGACCUUGAAGUAGUACUCACCGCAAAAAAAAAAACCCGUCGCCUAACUAAGGUGAAGUAUGUUCCGACAUAAGUAAUAUAUGAGACAGUUUUUGAAGAUUUCUUUUCGCACGUCCCGUAACCCCACCUGAAAGUGAAAAUCCCCCACGAGGAAAAAGUACUAUACUUACCCCCAGCACUAACCACCACAUUUAGAUUUAUCAUCCCCAACGCGAUCGCGAAUGGCGGCGUUUAACUACGGUUACCCCGGUUAUCCGGGUGGCGGCGCUCCGAGCAAGCCCGCGGCGCCGAUUCCGGAGAACAUUCAGGCGAAGUCGCAGGGACGGCUGAUGAAGGAGCAGAAAAUGAUGCAUGAGCAGCGGGACGAGAUGGCGGAGCUGGGAAUCUACGUCCGGUGGGACGAAAACGUGCUCACCAAGGUGAAAGCUCUCAUUGUCGGCCCCCCAGAAACGCCAUACCAGAACGGGUAUUGGAAUAUCAAAGCUGUGAAGUUCAUCCACGUUUCUUCUCAGGAACAAUUGGUGCUUUUAGUUUUAGCAUACAUGCAGAGAAAUGAAAAACGAGAUUCAAGAACUGAAAUUCCAUGCAGGUUUUUCUUUUUCGACGUUGACUUUCCGGGGAAUUAUCCCUACGCUCCGCCGAAAGUCAUGUUUCGCACCGGCGACGGGCGAGUACGCUUCAACCCGAAUUUAUACGUGGAGGGAAAGGUGUGCUUGUCGAUUCUGGGCACGUGGCAGGGGCCGGGAUGGACCAGUAUUGGAUGCUUUUUUUGUGCCGCACUGUCACGCUUGCGGCUUUGAAAUUCUGUCAUGCAUGACGCGAAGAAUUAUCGUUAUGUAUGAGAGUGGCUCUUGAUCUUUUUAAUGCAAACAGCGAGUAGAAAAAAAUUUGAGUAUCAAGUAUCGUCGAGGAGAACCACUCAUAUUACCUCUAGGUAUCUGCAAUCUCCGAUCGGUCCUGAUCACGAUUCAGUCGUUGAUGUCGAAUCACCCGAUUUUAUCGCCCGGAAAAUAAACGUAAACUUUUUCACUGGAAGACACCUACCGAUCCACUGCCUUAAAAAUGGAUAAAUACGCAUGUACUAGUACAGAACAGGACAAGCGCUUUCCUGUUGCAUCCUAUGCAUGGUGCAUCACAGGACAGUUUAAAGAUAUCCUCGACCACAGUGAAGCAGUUUUCUAAAUUUUCAUGCGAUAGAGUACCAACGAGCCCGGCCACGAGAACUCCACGGGGAAGAAGGAAGACACCGACUACAAUAAAAUCCUUACCUACGAGACCGUGCACGUUGGUGUGUUGAAGAUGCACCAGAUGCCCCCGACGGGGUUCGAGAUCUUCCGCGAGGAGUUGAACGAGCUGUUUGCGAAGAAUUACGAAACAUUCGAGCCGGUUUUGAAGAAGUACGACUCGGAGUAUCAAGUAGAAAAGUGUUCCCACGAUCCCAAAAUGUGCAUGUGGAACAAGUGUUUGUGUUGUAAAAGUUCUCAAUGGACUAAACAUUUGCCUCCUUGCAUGUAUCAGCAUGACAUCAAACUGGCAAGCCGGAAUGGCUUAAGUAGACAAUUGCUGGAAAAAGGCCCAGCGCGGGGCGGACUUGUCAUGUCGGAGCUGCUGCUUUGCGCACCUUGAAUCCGAAGCAGUGUUCUUUUCACUUGGAAACUACUAACUUUGCAACGCAAACACUUCUUGGAGCUACUUAACUUCCCGGGUCGUGGGGGCAUUUUUGAUUUUGAUACCAACCAGGGCAAAGUGGUCCGAAGCCCGAUCUGGCAGUUCUCCUGUACUUUCGAUCCGAAGAAGGUCCGGGAGGGGUUGAAAAAGGAGCUGGCGAAGAUCGCGGGAAACAACAAAAAAGCAGGAACUACUACCGUGGGGUCCCCGAAGAAGGGGCCGGUCGCGGUGGAGAGCAGAGAGAAAGACGAGGAGGUCCUAGAUAAGGCGAACUGCAAAACCACGGCAGCUAGUACCUCCAAGGGCACUACGACCAGCUCCUCGGGGGUCAGUAUCGACGUGAAAAGUCUGCCCACACCACAGUGUUAAUUGCUGCCAACUACAUGCAGCUGAGUAAUAGAUCAGGAAUAGGAAAAACGACGAAACAACUACUGAGGAAUGUUGUACUUUCAACCUCACUUCUUGGCGCUCGCUGUCGGAACUGCACGAAAACAUCAUGAUGCGUGGGAACAAUAAAGCAGUCUUCUUUUGGUUUUGUUGUUUCGUCCGUUUCAUUUCUUAAAAUGUCAACAUGCUUCAAGAAGCAAGUUCGUUUUGCAACAACUCCUGAUGCCUACAUAUUAUGCCCGGAAAUGCAUUCUGGCAGAUGUCCACUGUCUCACUGCAGUGAAAUCUGUCAUGCGUGUCGUUUUUUAGUUUCAUGGCGUAUCUAUAAUGCAUAGCAGCGGCGGACCAGAUCAAUCUCAAAAUUGCUCGUCCUUUUGGUCACGAUUUUUUUUUAUUUCAUUUGAAAGUUUUGUACAUCUUUCUCUCCUGGGAACGAACCAGACGGAGUAACAGGCAUGACAAAUUUCCAAUGUGAAUGUGGUGUGGGUGGUCGUGUUUUCCUCUUGUCCAUACGAAACGAGAAGGAAGUAGUAGCCGCAAAUGCAGCCGCCAAGAAAGCUGGUUCCUCCACGACCGUAUCAAAUGCUAUGAAAAAGAACGACAAAAGCAGUGCCACCGGGGCGGGUCCUUCCUCGGUAAAGGAGAAGAAAGACUCGAAAGCGACGACGAGCAUGAAGAAAAAGGAAGACCAGCACGUGGUGGAAGAUGACAACAAAAAGACCGCUGCAGCAGCAUCAUCCACCAAAGCUAUGAAGAAAGCCCCCGCGGCGGCUGCAGCCUCCGAUGAGAAGUCGGAGAGCGGCGGGGCCAAGGGACCGAAUUCCAAAAAAGCCAAACGGGAACCCUCUUCCAAAAGCGCGAAGUGAUGACACUGAUGUCGUAAUAUAAUUCUGAAUACUUGAGCAUCUACAUCUACUACUGUGAUGUGAUUACUACUAGUAGAGUGGUUUCUUGGAAGAUUUCAUUACCAUUGUACUUUCCCCUACUACUUCUUCACGUUUUGAUGUCCCGUUUUAUAUCAUCUACGGCAGUGACAAUGAAUGGAUCAGGAGUGCUGCCCUCCAAGGGCGAGGAAUGAAGAAGAAACGUGAAGAAUGUUUGACCCAAAAGAAAAUACAGCCCAUUUCUUCAAGAACGUCGACUGUGUAUCAACGCAAGAAAAAAUAUAGUAUCUCGAACAAAGGAAACCACCCGCGCGACGGAAAUGAAGUUCUAG